AUGCAACCUAGUGCCGAAGCCGCGAGGGCGGCAGCCCUUCAGGCCGAAUUCAAUGAGAAGAAGUGGGUAUGGGUUCCAGACGAAGACGAGGGCUAUCUAGCAGGAUGGGUGGUCAAGGAGAAUACAAAUGAUCGAGGGGUCGAGGAAGGUGAUAUUGUUAUGGCCGCUGGGGGCGAGAUUAGGACUAUGCCGCUAUACUCAUUGUCUAAGAUGAACCCACCGAAAUUCGAUCGCGUCGAAGAUAUUGCCGACCUUACGUUUCUCAACGAAGCAAGUGUUGUGCACAACCUGCGACUCCGUUAUGGUUCGGGCGCUAUAUAUACAUAUUCAGGUCUUUUCCUUGUAGCCAUAAACCCUUACACGAACCUUUCGCUAUACACCGAUGCCAUUGUACAACAAUAUCGUGGUAAACGACGCGACGAUAAUGCGCCCCAUAUUUUUGCUAUUGCUGAACGCGCUUGGGUUAACCUGGGCGAAGAAGGGAGAAUCAAAUAUCUUGCCGCGAUCGCGAACGAGUCCGCCACGAGUACAGUUCCGGAAGGAUCGUCCUUCAAGGCCAAGCAUGGGUCUGCACCUUCAAUAGGAAUGGGCCCAGGUUAUCUUAAGCAGAACCACACGGGAUCCAGUACCGCAACCAUAACAUCAUCAAAGCUAGGACUACUUGAAAGGCAAAUUCUUCAAGCCAAUCCGAUCCUGGAAGCAUUCGGUAACGCGCAGACGGCACGGAACAAUAAUUCCUCUCGGUUUGGUAAAUUCGUCCGCAUUGCUUUUGGUGGAGAUGGAAGUAUUGCUGGUGCCAGCAUCGACUGGUACCUUCUCGAGAAGAGUCGUGUCAUUACUCGUAGCGAGAUCGAGCGAAAUUUCCACGUGUUCUACAUGUUAUUAGAAGGCGGGGGAGGGUUAAGAGACACCCUGUUGCUCCAGGGAGGAACCCAGGAAUAUGAAUAUCUUAACAAGUCGCGGAGGGAGAUUGACGGAGUCGACGAUCGAGAAGAGUGGCGUUUGCUCAAGACUGCUUUGGACGUCGUUGGUUUUACCCCCGAUGAGCAACUCGAUCUCUUCCGAGUUGUGGCCGCCAUCUUGCAUAUUGGAAAUAUCGACAUAUCAUCCGACCGCACCGAUCAAGCUCAAAUCAAGUCUAAUGUUGCUCUCGAAAAAGCUUGCCAUUUGCUUGGAAUUUCCCCCCAAGAAUUUUCCAAGGCCGUCUUGCGCCCGCGAGUACUUGCUGGUCGAGAAUGGGUCACUCAAGCCCGUACGAAGCAGCAAGCUAUUGACGAGUUGGGUGCUCUGUGCAAAACGAUGUACGAGAAGACGUUUGGAUCCCUUGUGGAGCGAAUCAACCGUGCUUUGGACCGACCGACUUCUAAAUCUUCUUUCAUUGGCGUACUCGAUAUUGCAGGAUUUGAGAUUUUCGAGACUAACGGAUUCGAACAACUUUGUAUCAACUAUACCAACGAGCGUCUUCAACAAUUCUUCAACCGACAUAUGUUUAUCCUUGAACAGGAGGAAUACGCGCGUGAAGGAAUUGAAUGGGAGUUUGUCGACUUCGGCAUGGAUCUGCAGCCCACAAUCGAGUUAAUUGAGUCGACUUCGGCCAAUGGACAAGGCGGCGGAACAGUAAGCGGGCAUGGUCCUGGAGGCGGUGGUGCUGGUGUCGGUUGGAUUGGGAUCUUGAGCUGUUUGGACGAAGAGUGUAUCAUGCCCAAAGCAACGGACGCAACAUUUACCGCGAAGCUUCACGCAAUCUGGUCUCCUCCUGGCUUGGACGAAGAACAACCUGCACACCCUGGCCAAACUAAAUAUGCCCCCGCACGAUUCGCUCAAGGCUUCAUUAUUCAACAUUAUGCCGGACGUGUCGAAUACCGAACCGACGGGUGGCUCGAGAAGAACAAAGAUCCGUUGAAUGAUAAUAUCGGGCGGGUCAUGGCCAGCUCAAACGAGCCUUAUAUUAGCACUCUUUUUGCAGACUUUGUGGACGCUGGUGCUGGAGUAGUUGGUGGCGCCGGAGCUGCUUUUGGUGGUGUGAAGAAACGAGUUAAGAAGGGUGCAUUCAGAACCGUUGCCCAAGGACACAAGGAACGAUUGGCUAAUCUCCUGACGACUCUACAAUCUACUCAGCCCCACUUUGUUCGUUGCAUUGUGCCAAACGGAUUCAAAAAGCCCGGACGCAUCGAUGUUCCUCUUGUUCUGGACCAGCUGAGAUGUAAUGGUGUUCUUGAAGGUAUCCGUAUCGCCCGUCUUGGGUAUCCGAAUCGUCUCCCCUUUGCCGAGUUCAGGCAGCGUUAUGAGUUGUUGACUCCUGGUGUCAUUCCUCGUGGAUACAUGGACGGCCGAAAGGCAUGCCUACGAAUGGUCGACGCGCUCGAACUUGACGAAAACGCCUAUCGUAUUGGAACAAGUAAGGUAUUUUUCAAAGCUGGCGUACUCGCCGAACUUGAAGAGCAGCGAGACGGCCUAUUGUUCGACGUGUUCUCUCGUUUCCAGGCCGCCGCUCGUCGAUUCACUGCUCGCCGUCAAAUGCGCAAAAUUCUCAACCGCGCGGUGGCAAUCAGAACUAUCCAGCGGAACGCACGAGUUUAUAUUCAAUUGCGCGAGUGGCCAUGGUGGCAGCUUUACACCAAGGUUCGACCAUUGCUCGCUGCGACCCGAAACGACGAGGAGUUGCGGAUCAAAGAGAUGGAACUCGCACGGGCGCGAGAAAUGGCCGAGCGCGAUCAAAAGGAGAAGGCGGCAUUGGAGGCACUCAAGAUGCGUUUGGAAACCGACAAGGCGCGUAUUGAAGAGCAACUCGAAGCCGAACGCCAGCUAGGGCUUGAUAAAGAAGAACUGUUGGCCAGAUCUAAGGCACGAGAGGUCGAACUCGAAGAUGAACUCAAUACGAUGCAAUCCGAUUUGGACGAGCUUGAUUCCCAGCUCGAGCGUGCUCUGGCAGCCGUCAAGUCCGGGGAAGAGAAAUACACUCGCUUGAAGGAGGCGUUUGACGAGGCAGCGGAACAUCUGGCGAGGCUCGAGGAAGGGGAGAAGGAUUGGGACGAGGAGAGGAAGGAAAGGGAAGACAUGUGUGUAGAACUGGAGACUCAAAGGGAUCGUCUCGAACAAGAAGUUACCGAGUUGAAGGGAGCGCUGGCUGAGAGAGACGAAGAUGUGACACUUAUCAAGGAGCGUAUGGAUGCUGCGGUCGCUGAGCUUGAGGGGAAACUUGGCGCAGAGACACGCACAAGAGAUGUCAGCAAAGCGAAACUUGAGGCGCUCGAGAAAGAGGUUCGUCAAGCCAAGGAUCAAAUCACCGAACUCAGCCGCACAGCAACCGACUAUGAGGCGAUGCUCCAGCGCAAGGAAAACGACAUCGGUCGCUUGAACAGCGAGCUAACCAGCAUUCGUCGCGAACGCGAAACUGCAAUGAAACAAUGCGCAGAACUGGAGGCUGACAUCGACACCCUCGCAAAGGAACUUGAUGCAUACCGCGAUGACGCUGACCGUGAUUCCAAGGCCCGUAAAAAACUUCAAAAUGAGCUUGAUGAGUUGCGUACUUUGAUGCGGGCCAAGGCAUCUGAAGACACUCAACGCGCCGAGGCGGAAAAGAGUCGAGCGCAGGAAAUAUCCGUUUUGCUGUUCGAAGGCAGGCAACCGAGCUCAGAAAAGCUACGAGUCGAUCUCGAGAAUGCCCAACGCGAGAAGGAAAACCUGAGCACCUCUCUACGCGAACUCAAGUCAACCUCCUCUAGCAACAAGACGAAGUUAGUAGAUGCAGAGUCUGCGCUCGCAAAUGCGGAAAAAGCUAAGCGAGCAGUCGAGGCCGAGCUGCAGACUCUGCGUGCCCGUCAGAUCGAGACCGAUAAUCAGUUGGAGGAAAUGACGAAGAAUAAAGAUCACCAAGAUUUCGAAGAUGCCGUCCUUCAGAUCGAACGCGAAAAGUCUUCCUGGGUUAGGCAGAUGGAUGCACUCCGAAAAGAGCUGGAAACCGAGACAAGCAAGCGCGCUAAACUCGAAAAGUCGGGUUCAUCGCAGAAUCGAGAGGUUUCCAAACUCAAGGACACCAUCGCCAAGUUCGAGCGCGAUCUGAAAAAAGCCCAGGGAGAUAUCCGAGACAAGGAAUGGGAAAUUUCUCAGCUCAAAUCCAAGCAAGACAAGACCAUUGUUGAACAUGUUCACGUCCUCGAAGCUGCCAAGAAGGUCACCGAUGGGCAGUUAGCCAGCGCUCAGGUUGAACUGCAGCGCUUAACUACCUACGUCCGCUCCUUAGAAAAGGCCAAGACACGUUUGUCUGCCGAAGCUGAAGAUUAUGCGCGCGAGACCGAGCGGGAGCGUCAAGAUUUGCGAGCAAAGGAGAAGGCUCUGAAAGUUGCGAAUGAUAAGCUUGCCAAAUCUGAGGCAGAAAUCGAAUCCGAGCGGCAUGCCAAAGAAACCAUCGAGACUCAAAAUCGAAGGCUUCAGAGCGAGAUUCAAAUGCUUCAGACCCAGAUUGGCGAUUCCGCUCGUCAGCUAUCAGCGGUUACCCGUUCAAAAGAUGCGUUGGAAGCCGAGCUUGCCAAGAUAGCAGAUGACGGCGACACUCAGAAUGCCAUGGCCAAUCUCGGCGUCAAUGCUGACACUGCACGGUCCAUCGGCGAUCGCAUCAAGCAGAAGGUAGAGCGCCAGUUGAUGGAGAUUCGCCGACUGGUUGCCACAUCGGGUCCCAAGGAUGAUGUUUUCCGGAGUAGACUUCUUAACGCUCUCGCCACCGUUGACCAGGAGAUGGAACAGGAAAUUGCUUCCAGGGCGCGCACAACUUCUCGAGGGAGCCGAGGUGACGAUGGCAAGACAUAUGGCAACACUACGCCAUCCAAACGCUCUCUCAAACCGAACGGCAAAGCACCCAGACUCUCCGAGCCUUCUCGAACCCUUGACCGUCAACAAGACGAACAUCUGCGCAACCAAAUACAAGUCCUCGAGCUCAGAUGGUUGCUUCUGAUCGUCGAUGGAUCGAAACAAUCCCUCGAAGCAUACCGUGCUCGAUUGGCUAAAGAAAAUUCUCGACUCAACGAAUUACUCGCGGAGGAGGCGGAAGCAAGGCAGGCCACGGAGAAUGCUCAGUUAGGUGGGAUCAAGUCGAUGUGGACGAAAUUCCAUGAUCUUAUGGCCGAAGAACGCGAGAGCUACAAUAAGCUUGAGGACUCCCGAAGAGCGCUGCUCGCCCAGCAACGCGCUGCUCAGGUUGAGGCUGAUGACAAUCGACGACAAGUCGCUGAGCUCAACCAGGCUAAGAAGACAUUGAUGGUCGAAGUUGCCAAUCUCAAGGACCGUAUUGAAAUGGAGACGAUGGCGAAGAAUGAGGAAUCCAAUGCCAAGCGUCGCCUGCAAGCAGAACUCCAGAAUUGGAAGUUACUUCUUCUACAUCAUCAGCCAUUCACUCUGCUCAAACAAGCUGUUGAGACGUACAAGUCCCAGGCAGAGCAGUACAUGGAGCGCAUUGAAGCUGCUGAAUUGGCCAAAGCUCAAUCUCAACGCGCUGAGAGCCUUGCCCGCCGUGCCCUCACGGAAAAUGAGAAGAUUCUGCAAGAGGCUAAUAGCGAACGUCUAGCUAUAGAGGCGGCACUUGAGCGAGCCGAACAGCACAUUCACGAUCUGGAAGCUAAAUUGGAAGACGAGAACCGUGAGGUUUCCAAUAUGGAAUUGCUCCAGCAACGUUUGGCCGAGGCGAUGGAGGACGAACGCGACCAGUAUCAGAAGACUUGCAGGAGCGUGACUUCGCCAUUGACCAAACGCGCAAAAACCGAACUCGCUCAACUAAGUGAAGAGCUCCAAUAUCAGCGAGAUGCAAUGAGUCGGUUGCGUGAGGAGAACCGCAAGACUCGAUCAGAACUGGACGACCUCCAAUUGCGGUAUGACGACGAAGUCUAUUCUGGGGAACUUGGAAGAAAGAUAAGGAGCGAUAUGAGACCAAGAUUGGGGACCUCGCAGCUGCUUAUGAGUCAGCGACGAAUGCCCAAACCGAACAACAAACCCAGAUCGUUGCCCUUCUUUCUCAACGCGGCGGCACUCGAAAGUCGCCUCAACGAUAUUGCCCAAGAACACAUGGACGCCAACAAGUUUUCGUCUGAUCGCAUGAUGCAGGAGCUACAUUUGAAGAAUCAGGAACUUCGCGGCGCACUUGAAGAGCAAACUGAUCGUGUCGGCCUCGCAACUCAGCGACUGAAGAAGGCCGAAGGCUAUGCCAACGAAAGCCAGUCGGAACUGAAGAAAGUCCGGGAAGAGAACUCCAGUCUGGACAGACUCAAUGCAUCGCUUGAGAAGCAAGUCAAGGAACUCAAUCUACGGCUUGUCGACUUGGAGACCCAAGCGUACACGUCCUCGCCUCGUACUCCUGGAACUCGACGAGUGGAUUCACGAAUCGAAGAACUUGCCAACAAGAUUAGAUCAGACUCUGCGCGUGAAAACGAGAGGAUCAAGGGAUACGAAGAGACCGUAAUGAACAUGCGUUCACAAUUGGACCAAGCUCAACGGACCGAAGAAGAACUUCAAAUGGCCAAGCGGCGCGCUGAGCGCGAAGGUGCCGACUAUAAACAACGCGCCCUAGUCCUUGAGCGGGAAGUCGAAAGACUCAGGAGCAGACUAGAUCGUCCGCCGUCAGCUAUGGUAGAGCGUGGUCCGCCGGGGAGGAUUCCCUCGCCCAUCAGAAAGGAAGUCAAAUUUGAGACAUGA